GAGGAGGAGCCGGCGCCAGCCCCAGCCCCAGCCCCAGCCGGGGGAGGCAGGAGCGGCGCGGAGGGAACAAAGGAGCCGGGCGCAGGCAGCGGCGCGCAGAAGCCUCGGCACCAUGAAGCUGAACGAGCGGAGCCUGGUGUUCUACGCCACCUGCAACUCCCCCGCUGACAACGCCGGCUUCCUCUUCAAGAGGGGCGAGCGGAACACGGCCUAUCACCGCCGCUGGUUCGUGCUGAAGGGCAACAUGCUCUUCUACUUUGAGGAGCGGGAGAGCCGGGAGCCGGUUGGCGUGAUCAUCUUGGAGGGCUGCACUGUGGAGCUCUGCGAGGCCGCUGAGGAGUUCACCUUCGCCAUCAAGUUUGACUGCGCCAAGUCGCGAACCUACAUCCUGGCGGCCGAGAGCCAGGCUGCCGUGGAGUCCUGGGUCAAGUCCCUGUCGCGUGCCAGCUUCAACUACAUGCGGCUGGUGGUGAAGGAGCUGGAGAAACAGCUGGAGGAGAUGCAGGGGAGCCUGGCUGGCAGCCACAGCGUCCAAAGGAGGUCACCGAUUUACCGGAAAACCAAGCCGGGGCUCUGCUUGGACCCCACGUCUCCGGCUUUGGAGCUGCCACCUCCCCGGGAGCGGCCCAUGGCGCCGGUGCCUUGCGCCCCCCUGAAAGAGAACGGCUGUGCAGUGUGGAAUAACGCUCCGUGCGUGGAUACCCUGCCAGCGGGGGACAUCCCCGGGGGCCUUGCCGACUCGGGGAACGGGAGGACGGCUGCGGGCAGCAGCCACGAGGGACGCGUGAAACCACCUCCUUUACCACCUCGCAGACGCACCUCAUCAGGCAAUAGCUGCGGCCCUGCGGCCCUGCCGGCAGACUGCCCGGUGUGCCCAGGCACGGUGAGUUUCUCCAAGCUCCACGACUGGUACGGCAGAGAGAUCACCGAGCUGAGGAGAGAAUGGCUGGAGAGCCAGGAAAGCCACAAACUGUAACGGAGGCUCUGGUGUGGGUGGCAGGGGGCUCAUUUGGAAACACUAAGUAAGCCAUCUCUGAAGUCGGCCUCGCUGCAAGUGCCACCUGAGAUGCCAUCAUGUGCUGCUAGUCCGUCAGCGGGACCGGGAACUCCUGCAUGCUGAGAAAUUUGCCUGCCUAGUGUCAUGUGCCCGGCUCCAGCAGUGAUCCCGUGGUCGCCGAGUCUUGUCUUUCCAUUCCCAGCAGUGGUUUUGAUGUGGAAGUGGAGACAGUUGCUUUUGAACUCUGCCCCUGGAUUUAGGUACCUGACCUGCUGCAUCCAAACCUGACCCGACCACUGCUGGCAAUGGACUCCAUGGCACCUUGGAGAUGAUGAGCUCUUCUGAGCCAAAGCGGCUCUGUGUCCAAACCCCUGAGGCCAGUGUCGAUCACUGAAAGUCAUUUCCUGCACUAACACAGGGCUUGGGUGCGUGCUGAUCCAGCACCACAGCUCGGGAGGGACCCACUUGGGGUUCUGAAAGCGUGUCGUUGCUUGCAGACUUUUUCUGGUCUUCCUCAAAUUAGUCUAGUGUCUGACAUCCCGUGAGCUGCUGGAGUCAGCAAAGAAUGUGCUAGAGCACCCGGGCAGCUCAAAUCGCUGCUUCCAGGUGGGAUUUCUCAUGCUCUUGAUUUUGGAGACAACAGCUGCUGAAAUCACAUAAGUGUGGAAGUAGAAGGAAGAAACUGACCGAAAUAAUUUUUUUUUUUUUUCAAUCUGAUACCUCGUGACCUGUUGCCACUUUCCAUGAUGCCAUUGGAAAGCUGGGACCCCAUUUAACAUUGGCCUAAAUAAUUCUCUUUCUUGCCCUCCUAGUUUGUGUGUA